AAAGGCGCCCACCAGUCCAGAGCCAUUAUCUGCCACAAACCACCGUGAUGGCAACCAAAAACAUGAUCACAUUUUUCUUUGCUAUCCUCUUCUUGUGGUCUUUUGUAACUCCUUCAGCUGCAAGGAAUCCUCCUGCAUUCGCAGAAAAAGUUAUGCACUUCUUUUUCCCGAACAUCACAGUGGCAUUGAGGAAUGACUGCGAGCGCGAUGUUUUCUAUUCGUGCAAAUUCAAAGACUCAGAAGGGCAUUUAACGGCACUGCAGCCUAAUGGGACCAAGUCUUGGACGUUCAAGGAGAUUUUGUUCCCUCUGCGGUGGUGCUACGUGAGUACUGGGAAAAAUGUGUACGGCGUGUUCUGGACGUACUCGGUGAGGCUCAAGUGCACCUAUUGCAAUUUUAGUUUAAGGAAAGACGGUGUCUAUCUCUACAUAAAAGAUAAACGUGAAUGGGAAAAGCGUCCCCUAUAUCUUGAUCCCCUGUCAUGAUUUAGAAAAUGGCAUGACAUAUUUUCAUUAUUUUGGAUUGUAUAACAAAGCAUCGAAUAACCGUUACUCUAUCUUUUAACCCACCUUACUCGCAUUUCAUUUGUAUUAUUUAGUGGAAAGCUUUUAUUUUGUUUUUGUAAAUGUUGGGUAGGUUUUGAUAUGGGCUUUUCAUUUUGGUAAGGAUAUGGGCUUUUAUGAUCCGGCCCAUUCUCUUGCAUUUUGGAUCAACCCACCUCCUUAAUUGUCAGUAGUUUAUGAACUUACAACCGUCUGUUUUGGAGUUUUGGAGUUUUGGAGCCGCAGGUAGUUGUUGGGUUUGGAUCAGCUAAAUAAAAAUAUAAUUAUUUU